CGACGCAUGGGAGAUGACCCAUUCGGAGUCGUGAUUUUUCUUUUUUUUUAAUUAUUUUUUUUCUUUGCGGUGGCUUCGCAGCGAAGCUUCAUUUUCCUUUUUUCUUUUGACUGUAAGGCUUCGCAGCGAAGUUAAAAGGUCUUCUCUGCUGCUCCGAUGUCUCCGUACCCUCCUCCUCCGCCUGCCCCCUCUCGCCUCUCCCGAGGUCCCCCUCUCCUCCUCCGCCGAAGGCCCGUACUCUAACCCUGCCCUUCGCCCGGUCAUCCCCCGCCGGAGAGGCGUCGUCGGAGCCAGCGGGCUUGAACAUGGCCCCGCGCUCGUCCCAUGCUCUCCGAUGCUGUUCCUGUGGACGGUGGCUGGGCCUAUUGAGAACCAGGGUGGCGGCGCUGCUCCGUGUUCGUCCCUCCAAGGCGUCGGGUGCCGGCCCUUCCGAUCCAGAGGCUAUCGUGGAGAGAUUCCAUCCUCGGAGGCCGGAUUGGUACCAGGAAUUGUACGCGAAGGUUCUGAAGAAGUGCACGACAUCCUACGAAGCUGAGGUUGCAGCCUACAAAGCAAAACUCUUUUCUCAAUUGACCGGAAAGAGUAAGAACAUACUGGAGCUUGGUGUUGGCACUGGUGCUAAUUUCAAAUACUAUGCAAGUGCGGUAGAUAUUAAUGUCAUAGGAGUGGACCCUAAUAAAAAGAUGGAGAAAUAUGCUCAGGCAGCAGCUGUAGCAGCUGGGCUACCAUUAACGAAUUUUAGUUUUAUGCGAGGGGUUGGGGAAGCUUUACCUGUAGGAGAUGAUACCAUGGAUGCAGUGAUUGGUACUCUGGUUUUGUGUUCUGUCACAGACAUUGACAUGGCACUUAAAGAGAUUAAAAGGGUGUUAAAACCAGGCGGUCUUUUCUUAUUCAUCGAGCACGUGGCUGCGCAUGAUGGCUCUCUUCUCCGAUGCAUGCAGAGCAUUCUUGAUCCACUCCAGCAGUUCGUUUCAGAUGGGUGUCACCUGACAAGGGAAACCGGGAAGCUAAUCUCCGAAGCUGGAUUCUCAAGUGUGGACCUCAACAUGACAGUCCUGUCAUCCCUCUCCCUUAUAGGUCCCCAUGUAUACGGAAUAGCUUGCAAAUAACAUCUCCAUAGUUGUUGCUCUCUUUUUGGUUGCUUGUAAUGUAGUAGAAUGCUUCUCUUCCUAUUGAAGGAGAUACGACAAUGCCUCUUGAAUGUCCAGUAUUUUUCUGUGGCAAGCGGACCCAAUUCUCUUUUUAGAAGAAUCACCUACCUGAACCUUUUUUUUUUUUUCCCGAAGAUAUGUACUAGGUGAUAAGAGAUCAACUGAUCUAGAGUUUUGGGUGUGUCGUCCAAUAAUUGAAUUCAGAAUCUUUUGUUGCCGAGCAGAGAGAUGUGAUAACUGGAUCCUGUUUGAUUCAAUAAAUACAUUGAGUGAAAUUUAACUUUUUCAUUA